AUGUCUGUGCCCACGGGAGUCGGCAUUGAGUGCCAUGAUCUCCAAUCAAACCCCCGCUUCCUCUUCCGCCAGCCGCGCGCGCUGCAGUGGUUCGAGAACGGGAGGCUGGUGAAGCGCUCAGAUGAUGAAAGACAAGCAGGUCGAUUCGAGCUGUUUCUCGACUUGCUGUAUGUUGCGAUCCUCUCGAACUUUGCGGAUAAUCUGGUGGAGCAUAUCUCGGGCGCAAAGCUCGUCAAGUACAUCUUGAUUCUCUCGCCAUCAUGGCACGUGUGGAGCGACCUGCGUGAACUAAUGAACUCAUUCUACAACGAUGACCUCGCGCAGCGCGUACUCAUCCUGUGGGUAAUGGCGACGCUUGUCGUUUACGGUAACAACGCGCCACUGGUCGACGAAGAAAUUGGUGCGAUGCGCUCUGCGGUUGGAGCCUAUAUGGCCGCUCGACUGACAUGCAACCUCGCGCAUCUGUACUAUUCGUUCGCGAGCUAUCAUCAUCGGGCCCAGCAGCGCCUCUGGGUGGGGCUCUCCACUCUUUUCCUGUGCCUGUACAUCCCGCUGUACUUUGAGUCGGUCUCCAUUCGUGCCAAGAUCGCGAUUGCGGCUGUCGCCAUUGUUGUUGAGGAGUGUACAUGGGUCUUCUGCUAUUGCCCAGCUGCAAAGAGGCUGCUUCGUGCCACAUACACCACGGCGGUGGACAUUCCCCACGAAGUCGACCGAUACGCAGCAUUCUAUAUUAUCGCACUUGGCGAGUUCCUCUACCUCAUUGUUGUCGGGUCGCAUGCUGCAAUCGGCCUGAACGAUCGCCUUCUUCGUGCUAUUUGGACUCUGAUUAUUGCGUUCUGUCUGAAUUGGCUGUAUGUCCAUAACGACGGUUCUGUUGAGAACGAUCAUCCGCUGCGGCACAGCAUAUACACGGCUUUCCUUUUUGCCUUGAUCCACCUUCCGCUGAUUGCCAGCCUGUUGGCGGGUGGUCACGUUGCUGCGGCUUCCGUGGCCAAGAAGGAAUUCGAGGACCCGCAGCGAUGGCUGCUCUGCGCAGGCCUCGGUACUGGAAUGCUCUGCUUGUACGCUUUUGCAUUGAUGCAUGGGUCAAAGGAUGAGCGUGGAACUUUGCUGUUGGAUAAGCCUCUUCGCUUGAUCAUGCGACCAGUGACUGGCAUCAUCAUGGUCUUGCUCCCUCUUGCGCAUGACCUUGGCGCUACAUCGGUGCUCUCCAUCGUCAUGGCGCUUUUCGUCUUCUGUACCCUCUGGGAGACAAUCGCAUCGCUGCGGAAGGGAGCUUACUUCUGGGAGAAAUGGGAGGAUACUCAGUAUCCCGCAAAGCGGCCGACCAGAGAAGAGCAUGAAAGGAACGGAGAGACCGUUGAGCCAUGA